AUGGAACAACAAUUGUGUGCCGAAGGGAAUGGCAUAGAGGAUCUUGGCUGCGCCAGAGAUGAUGCAUGGAUGCAACUUUAUCUUGCCGCAUGUAAACUAUUGGAGACUUUAUGCACCUUGCCAGCUGGAUACUUGGCUCAAUUCCAAAUAGUAGAGUGUUUCCCUUUGCGCAACACAACCACAAAAUUUAGGUGUCACUGGGCCUUCGUCAACUCUGUUUCCACUAGCAAAACGGACUUAUUCCUUCCAUUCGCAGGAAGGUUAAACAAAUUACUUCGAAAUAAGUUUGGAAAGCUAACCCCGGAAGAAUUGGCGAAUCUGUCACCAUCAUUGUGCGGAAUGAAAAUGCUGACUAGUUUUGAGGAACUUCGACCAUUCUUCUAUGCCCUUGCAACACAGAAUAAAGCUCUGCCAGGGACUCAGGGCGUCGGGACCGAAUCUUCUUUUCUAGCGGGCUCACUUUCAUAUAAAAAUGCGGUGCAACGGUUGGAACAUGCUCUUUGCGUGGAUUUUGCGGAGCACUGGCAGCUUUAA